UCAUGUGAUACUGAUUCAAUCCCUCGUUCCAGGCUUGCAAUCAUGGAUCCUCUGCAGGAAGCAAAUGGCACCUUUGCCUUAAACCUUGUGAAAUUACUGGGUGAAGACGGCUCAGAAAAUGUAUUUUUCUCACCCAUGAGCAUCUCCUUGGCCCUGGCCAUGGACUGCAUAGGGGCAAAGGGAAACACUGCAAGCCAGAUGAUUCAGGUAACCAGCACCAUUUCACAGCAGAUAAAUACCAUGGUCUGUCAGUCAUCCACAUGCCAUCAAGCGGGAAGUACAGUGAGGAUGACACCAAUGACUAACUUAAGGCAGACGCAGUAGAUGCUGAAAAGAAUUAUGUGAGAUCUGGACUAUUAAUAGUGACCUCUGCCCUGAAGGGAAGGCCCAUGUUCCAACAGACUACAGAUAGGAAAUAAAAGACAAACAAGUAGAAAAAAGUCAGAGCAUUCCAGACAAAAAUUACUGUGGCCUUUAAAUAGAAGGAGGAGGAGGAAUAGGACAAUUGCAGGGAGGAGUCUGGAGAGAGCAGGGGUGAGGAAGAAGGAGAAGCAGAACAGGAAGGAGAAACUGUGUCAGAGGACUCACGUUGAAGGAGGGACAAUAACUAUGGGCCAGCUGCGUUGGUGAUGUGGAACCAAAGUGAAAAGUGUCCCCAAGAACACAAGUUAAGGCGGGAGAUGGUCAGAAGUUGUUGUCAAAGCAGAGGAGCUAGAGAAGCUAAAGGAAAGGACGGUUGAAAUCCCCUCCGGGGUGGAGAACACAGGGUGACUGAGGACGCAGAUUCUGCACGUAAGCAAGCCAACCUUCCCUCAAGCAAGAUGAGAAAGAGGGUCAGAAGCCUCUGUCCCUUCAGCAGCUGUCACUCCCUGCUGGGUCAGGGGUCAGAAGACAAGGGGUAUGAGCGGCCUCUGUGGAAACAUGGAGCCAAGCAACAGAAAGUGAGCACCCUGGGGAAGCCAUUGGCACCAGGAAGCUUCUGGGAGGAAGAGAUUGGUGAAAAGCUGCCGUCCACAAGCCAGGAAGGAGAGCACAUGGAGAGGAGAGAUUUCUAGACAGAGUGUGUCACAGGUAGUGUGAAAUUGAGUGAGCUCUCAGGCUCAGCCAAUUGGAACCUUGAUCUUGGGGAGAAGUACAUGUGUGAACUUCUCUCUUGGUGACCUGUCACCCAGAGACCCAGGCUCCUACUAGAUUUUUCUUUCUCAAGGGACCAGGUGUUCACUGACUCUCACCUAUCCCCACCCUGCGGAGGACAGAGCUGGAUGAGGUCAGGCCAGUCCCUCUUCCUCUGGCCUGGGGCUCUGAGCAUGAUGUCAGCACCCUGCAGUGAAUAAAGGGCCUUCCUGAACGGGACAGGCUGCUAAGCUGCACUCCAGGAGCAUCUAGCCUUGAACACUGCUUCGGGAGGUUGUGAAGUUGGUAGAUUCUGCAUCAUGAAUACUCUGUCUGAAGCAAAUGGCAACUUUGCCAUCCACCUUUUAAAGAUGCUCUGUGAAAGCAACCCUUCGAAAAAUGUUUGUUAUUCUCCUGUGAGCAUCUCCUCUGCUCUAGCUAUGGUCCUCUUGGGGGCAAAGGGAGACACUGCAGUCCAGAUGUCUCAGGCACUUGGCUUAAACACAGACAAAGACAUUCAUCAAGGCUUCCAAAGGCUGCUCAGUAACUUGAACAAGCCCAACAGAAAAUACUUGCUUAGAACGGCCAACAGGCUCUUUGCAGAGAGCUCUUGUGAAUUCCUCCCUACAUUUAAGGAGUCCUGUCUUCAUUUCUAUCACUCGGAGCUGGAGCAGCUGUCCUUUGCCAAAGCAGCAGAGGAGUCCCGGAAACACAUAAACACAUGGGUCUCUGAACAGACUGAAGGGAAAAUUCCAGAGUUGCUGUCAGGUGACUCAGUUGAUUCCAAGACCAGGCUGGUUCUUGUCAAUGCCUUAUAUUUCAAAGGAAAGUGGCAAAAAGAGUUUGACAAAGAACGCACAAGGGAAAUGCCCUUUAAAAUAAACCAGAGGGAGAAAAGACCAGUGCAGAUGAUGUAUCAGAAAGGUGUAUUUAAACUUGCCUACGUGAAAGAAGUUCAGGCAACGAUGCUGGUGAUGCCCUAUGAUGGCAUGGAACUGAGCUUGAUGGUCCUGCUCCCAGUUGAUGGUGUGGACCUCAGCAAGGUGGAAAACAAUCUCACUUUUGAGAAGUUAAUGUCUUGGACCAAACCAGACUUUAUGUGGAGCACUAGAGCUGAGGUUUUACUUCCAAAAUUUAAACUGCAAGAGAAUUAUGACAUGAAGUCUGUGUUUCAGCACUUGGGAAUGGUGGAUGUCUUCCAAGGGGGCAAAGCUGACUUAUCAGGAAUGUCUCUGGAGAGAAACCUGUGUGUGUCUGAGUGUGUUCACAAGAGUGUUGUGGAGGUGAAUGAAGAAGGCACAGAGGCUGCAGCCUCCACCAUGGUAAAUGUAUGCUGUUUCUCAUCUGGUGGUGACCCAAGGUUUUGUGCUGACCACCCCUUUCCUUUUCUUCAUCAGGCACAAUGAAACCAACACCCUCCUGUUCUGUGGCAGGUUCUCGUCUCCAUAAAGACACAUUUACUGUGUGGGAAACAGUUCUCUAUUCAACAUCUUCACAGCUCUUACAACCCUGUGAGGAUGGACAUAUAGGUUGAACCCACGUUCCAAGAUGAGGGCACUUUCUUCCUUUCAGCCUGAUCUUAGGAUGCCCACAUUCCUCUUCCCUAUCCUGAUAUUCAUCAGUGCCCUUUGCCAGGUCACAGGAUCACAGAGUGGUUGGGUUUCUGGCUGUGUAAACAACAAAGGAGGCAAACAAUUCCCUCAAGAGAGCCUACA